AUGAAGAAUAUAGUAACUCGUUUUAAAAAGAGAGCCCAAACUUGCUGUAUCUGCCUGAACUCAAUAGAGUUCCAAGGCAAACUUGAUACCUGCCAACACACAUACUGCUACGACUGCAUAAUGCGCUGGUCUGAAGUAAAUCUUACUUAGAUUGAAAACACAUGCCCUGUUUGCAAAAAUAGAUUUUCGUUUGUAUCAUUAAUCCCUCAUAGACUUAAUUACAGAUUCUCGAGGAAAAGGAAAAGCCAAGUCAAAAUUAAAGACGCAAAUCAGCACAUGAAUUAUACUCAUGAAGCCUUGAUUGCUACUUUAAUGCAUGCUGAAGAAAGCAUUACUCAAGAAUUCAGAGAAUUACUUACUUUAUCGAAUAAAUUAAUUGUGAAUAUUUUUUAUUUAUAAAUUAUUUAUUUUAUAAAAAAAAUAUUUAAAGUAAAGGAGUUAGAGAACUGUAUGAUUACUAUAGAAAAGAGGCAUCAUAGAGAUUAGAGAUCUUCGACACUUGGUUCAUUCUCUGGUAGAGUAA